ACAUUUUAUCAAGCUGUCCUGUUUUCACCUCAUGUCGUUUGUUUGACAAAGCGCAAGCUUUCUUACAAGAUUUCACGAACAUAUAUAUUGUAAGUAUCAUCUCACAAUGAAGCAUAUGUUAAUUGCCUUCUUUACCAUGACAACGACAACACCCAUCGACCUGGAAUCAAACGAUUCAACGAUAAUAAUCACACUUCCCACCGAGCUAGCACCCUCUGUUCAAACAUUUACGACGGAACUGCUGAGCACUGUUACGGCCGUGCAGCAGCCUGCCCUAACCUCGACUCUGUCGUUCGUAUCUACUUUGACGAAUGACCAAAUUGUCACUGCUUAUCACACACAGAGCCCCGAUUUCUCAAGCAUCGGGACAUCCACACCUGACACCUUUGGAACUUUCGCACCUCCUGACCCGGUGUCAAGGCUUCGUACAGCCGAGCGAAGAUUGUUGGUGGCAUUAAUCAUCCUUUCAUUUGCCUUGGGACUUGUGCUUUUCGCCUUCAUCAUUUACGCUUUGAGAGAGUAUCGAAGAAACCUUACGAGGAAAAAGCACUGUACACAGUUCAAGCCCAUGGGGCCUGAACCCAUACUCAAGAUUACCGAAAGAACUGAUGUGGAGAUGCGAAAUCUUACCUCUCAACACAAUGACGGCGCGCAAAAUCCUAUCGAAUCAGAUUCCGGUCAAGUAAAGCAUGUUCCAAACAAGGAAACAACUCUAUCCGUCAAGGGGCGAGACUCUAAUUCGAAUAUACAGACUAAUUGAUUUUGCUUUUUGACUCUCCGGCAGGGAAGUGUUG